UAGCGCCCACAAUGCCAAAAAUGCCCACUCAACCUUUCCCAGAUUUCUUCAGCGCAGCUGAUCCGAACCGGCCGGAGCAAACACUCAGCCCAACUCAGAUAUCCGAUUUCCAGGGCCGAUCCCGUAACACAGUUGGCUAUAUCUUGAUCCGACAGAGCCCUGUCCGAUAUGAGAGCAUCGGACCUGAAGCCCCUUUUCCAUCCCCCAUGCGUAUUGUGUAACCCGCUUUUGCCCUGGAAGGGUUGCUUUUUUGGCAGGUAUCCAGGCGACCGAGAGCCAUGCCAUGCCAUACCACUGGGUAUGGCGGCGUCUCGUCAUAAUCUAUGUCUGUUCAGGAACUUGUUAUCUCCCACGGGGCAGGAUAGGGGGGAUGUAUGUCAUGUCCUUGUUUGCUGUGCCAGUUGUCUGAGAUCUCUUAUUUGUCUUCAACAGACAAAAGGAAUACGGGCGGAGCCAGAGGGACUUGUCGUCUCGCUCUUCUUUUUCACCGACCCCUGAUGACUGAUGGACCGUCAAUCGCCAAAGACGACAAGCAAGCAGGCGACACAGAAAAAUAUUCCGAGAGGGCGGGUGCAAUUGGCCACAGACUCGAUGAGGAUUAUUAGCCCGAGCGAGGCACAUAAACUAUUUACUCGUCAGGAGCUUCAUAAUCGCAUUCUG